AUGUCUCGCAACGACCGCGGACAGAAGAAGUUCUCCUUCGCAUUGCCUCGCCGCCCGCGAAGCAAAUCACAAAAGACUCACGCCACCACCGCCGCCGCCACCGACGACUACGACGACUACGACGACAGCACUCGCUCCAUACCACCCUCUAUCCCCAACUCCAGACGUAUGUCCCGUCACGACGAGACAAUCAGCAAGGCGCAUCAGAUACUGGGCACUUCCAAUUCGCUACAUUAUUCCACAUCGAGCCCUGGAUACACGUCACUUGUCAUAUCAGAAACAAGUGCAGACUCACAUCUAGACGACUGGAAAACAGUAUCAACAGCAGGAAGUUCAAGUCGACCUGCCAUGUCAAAACAACCAUCAUCAAAUGUCCUGGGACGAAUAUACUCCGGGGAAAGAAAGUGGGGCUCUGACCACAGCUCAACUAGCUACCGAUUACAUCCUCAGGCAUCGAGCUCGACCAUUCGAUCGCAUUACGAUGCGAAAAACUCACCGUUGUCCAUUUCGCAACAAACAUCCGACUCGGCUAUCCGAGACCGCGCGUUGAGAAGAGGCCGUACUCCGGUAUUGACAGAUAAGGGCUAUGACGGCUAUGUGGCGAGUGCAGCGUCACCCGUCAUCCUGGACCAAGGAAGAAAAAAGAAGGAACCCCGAAAAAGCAAACCCGCUCGGCUUGAUUUGUCGAGACUGUUUCCCAAGCCAAGGGAUAAUAGCAAUCAGCGCCAUGGCAACGCAAUGCUCUCACCGACUAAGAUGGUAAAGUCACCUGCUGCCAUGUCAAUGAACUCGGAAUAUUUCCAUCACUCUCCAUCAAGAGAUCGAACUCCACAGAAGCCGCCAAAAUCAUCACAUAACAACAACACCAGCCAUUACAAUUCUGCAGAAUAUCGCGGAACAAGUCCCGUCCGCAAAAUCGAGCGGGAUGAGUAUGAUAAUGCAAAAGUGCACGUACGUCGACCGCCAAAAGGUGUUCAACAUUGGUUCGAUGCACUCGACGACAGUGAAGAAAGCGCAGAGGAAAUUCAAAAAGCCCCUGCUUCGCGGGCUGCCUAUUCACAUGGCGAAGUCAACCGUAGUGCCUCUGAUGCUCAGACCUCCCAGCCAGCAGGGAAUUCAGUAUUCGGCCCCCGAUUGCAAAAUUCGACAAAUGUGUAUAAGAGAGACAGUUUUGCGCUCGAAGACAUUGUCGAUAUCCGUCAUCUUACUUCGCCCAGCCAGUAUUCGGUCAACACAUAUCACUCGCAGACCUCAUCGAGGACCAAGGAGUCGGCACUUUCAAAGACAAAUCUUCAAGACUCAAGCGUCUUGUCAUUUUCUUCUUCAGAAGAUGAGGGUGAGACUAAUCCAGCACAGUCUAGACACACACUCAACCGUCAGAGCGUGGAUAGUGCCGACUACAGUGGGGAGAUCAUGAUUGGGCGCGCCCAAGCGUACGAAGUGCGCUCUUUACACCAUCGUCAACAUUCCGCUGGGAAAAUGAGUACCCAUUCGACAUCCACAAACGCCGCAACAAUUGACAUCAUAUAUACGCCUGAGCCCCCGCCCUUGCCCACCUAUCGCUAUUCGCGGAAUCGCACCUACAGCGGCAGUAAACGAACCAGUCACGUAAGGCAGCCUUCUGUGAUUCUUGAAGAUGAGGAUUCUCGGCCAAGGACCGCAUUCAAUGAGCCCUUGUCGCCAUCGAGACGGAGUGUGGCGAGUUCCCGUACAUCGGCUAGCGCACCCCAACCUCACUCCGAUUCAUCACGCAAAUUCAUGCAGGUCACCCCUGAGGAGGAGGCUUUACUCGAACUGAUGAGAAAGAAGCGUGCUGCCAUGCAUAGACACUGUGGAUCGCAGUCACAGUCCCGGGACCCCUCUGAAUCAGGUUCUGUAUGCGCAGUAGAUACCAGAGCUAGAGAGCGCACAUCGUCGAACGCGUCUGUGCCGCAUCAGUCAUCUACACGUGGCAGAGCAGCAAGGGUCGACGUUGCUAUAGGCACAAGCCAGCUACGUGAUAGCUCUGUGAGUGAUGCUUGGUCAGACCGUCACCACUCUCCGGCCAGCCGGGGAAGAUCGCCUCGAUGUCUUGUUGCAUCGUCAGAAACCUCACGCCGCCAUCGUUCCCCACCGCGUUCGCCUACGCCUGCUGAAAGCGGAACGUCACUCACGACCACUGACCAUCCGUCACCCUUACCAUCCCCAAUGACUCCUGGUCGUUAUGUCGAUGAUUUGGGUGUCAAUGUCAAAGUAGCAAAUAGUGAUACUAGCAACGAGUUGGAUGACAUGUCGCCCUUGAACCAAGGUGCUGUUGGUGCGCCAUUAGAGAACGGCAAGUCGGAUUCAUCUCACGAGAUGAGUGCGCAUCGACGCCGUCGAACAGCAUCUAGUGAUGCAGAUAUGACAUUCCCUGUCCCACCUACUCACGGUAUCCGGGACCUGACCCCAGUUUCCGAGGCCUCGUCCCGCCCACCCAGCAUUGUUGAGCCACCAGCCCCGAAACCCAAAAAGAAAGCCACAAGGCACAUUAGUGAACUGGCCCUGGGGACCAUAGAAACACGACCGCGGCAAAGCAGUGCUCACUCAACUGCUACACGUACAUCUUCCCAAGGCUCGACGUACGUCAACAGUGCAGGCAAGACGAGAUCGCGCCAUCUAAGUCCCGAUUGUAUUACGAGCAACUCUCGAACGUCUACCGACAGUAGGGAUAGCGUCAGCGAUGAUGUCUUAGCCGCUUGGAACAGCCUGGGCGGAACAUACUAG